AUGGACGGCUUCCUCGGUAAAAUCAUCGAAAAAGUCGCCGAGAAAGCUACUGGCAGCAGCGGCGGCGAGGGCUACUCCUCCUACAACCAGCAGCCCAGCUACGGUGGACAGGGUCAGGGUUACAAUUCAGGUCCUGCCCCUCCCCGGGACCUCCCUUACCCGUGGGUCGCCCGCUGGGAUGAUCGCGACCAGCGCUGGUUCUACGUGAACGAGCAGACCGGCGAGAGGUCCUGGGAGCGACCGUACGGUCAGCGUCAGCCUUCGUAUGGGUAUGAAGGCGGCUAUGGGCAGCCGCAGGGACAGCGACCGGAACAAAAGGAUCAUAGUAUGAUGUAUGGUGCGGCGGCGGGGGCGGCCGGUUUGGUGGGCGGUGCGUUACUGAUGCAUGAGGGGGAGAAAAUCCAUGAUAAGUGGGAUGAGGAUAAGGAGAGAAUCGAGCAGAAUGUUGAGGAUUUCCCUGAGGAUGCGGCACGGUGGACCGGCGAAAAGGUCGGUGAAGUCGAGCAGAUCCCAGAGAAUAUUGAACAGGACUGGGAUCGCACCGAGGACCGCAUCGAGAAUAAGUGGGACAAUGCGGUUGACGACGUGGAGGACUUUCCUGAGAAUGCGGCGGAAUGGACUGGACGAAGAGUCGGCGAGGUGGAACAAUUUGGCGACAAUAUAGACAAUGCCUAUGACGAGGGAAGGGCUGAGGGUCGGGAUGAUUGGUAG